AUGAGAAAAGUGGUGGUUGUUUUUUUCGUUGUUUACUGUACACUGAGGGAGAGAGGAGAGUGCAGGAAAGAGGAGAAAGAGGGGUCAGGGUUUGAGGGUCUGAUCAGGUGCUUUGCAGGACUGGGAAAGCAAAACGUGGUAGGUCGAUCGGUCGGGAGAGAAAGGAGGGUGGGUUUUGAUCAUGUGGUUGAAGAGAGAGAUGGAGUCAUUGAGGGUGGAGAUUGA